ACGAUUUCCCUCCCCGCCGCCGCCGGCUCCAAAAGGCCCGACUCAGCAAUAGGGAUCGAAGUCAUUUGAUUUGACCUCUCCGGCGUUCCGUCGCCAGGGAAGUUUGAGUCGUCCGCCGUGCCCCAGGCGUCCUCCCGCGGCCGUAGGGACGCGCCUGCUGUCAUGGCGACGAUGCUGCAGGGGCCCUUGCGACCCCUGCGGCUCCUCCGCGUGCUCCAGGGUCUCCCUGGGCCUGCUGCAGACGUGCCCUUCCGAGCCGCGAGCCAUGGCACCGGCUUGCUCUACCCCGAGCACAUCCCCACCUCCCCGCUGCAGAAGGCGCUGUUGGCCGCCGGCUCUGCCGGAAUGGCCCUCUACAACCCGUAUCGCCACGACAUGGUCGCAGUUCUGGGGGAGACCACAGGGCGCCGUGCCCUGAAGGUCCUCAGGGACCAGAUGAAGAGGGACCCAGAGGGCGCCCAGAUCCUGCAGGAGCGCCCCCGGAUCUCGCUGUCCACCCUGGACCUGGGCAAGCUGCAGAGCCUGCCCGAGGGCUCCCUCGGCCGAGAGUACCUUCGUUUCCUGGAUGUGAAUAGGGUCUCCCCAGAUACCCGAGCGCCCACGCGGUUCGUGGACGAUGAGGAGCUAGCCUACGUGAACCAGCGGUACCGGGAGGUGCACGACAUGCUCCACACGCUGCUGGGGAUGCCCACCAACAUCCUGGGGGAGAUCGUGGUGAAGUGGUUCGAAGCUGUCCAGACCGGCCUGCCCAUGUGCAUCCUGGGUGCGCUCUUCGGACCAGUCCGCCUCCGCGCCCGGCACCUGCCGGCGCUGGUCUCGGAGCUGAUCCCGUGGGCAGUUCAGAGCGGGCGCCGGGCCCCGUGCGUCCUCAACCUGUACUACGAGCGGCGCUGGGCGCAGCCCCUGACGGCCCUGCGGGAGGAGCUGGGCAUCACGAGCCCCCCGGGGCACACCAAGGGCCCGGCCUAGGCCCUCGGCUGCCCAGCCAGGAGGGCCCGACCCGGCUCCCCACCCACCUCCCCGGGGGCAGAGGGCUCCUGGCCACCCCUUUGUCCCUUGUCUGUGAAUGCUGACCCUUGGACGUCUUUUAUCAGAAUUUGUCAUACCCACUGCUGCCGAGUGGCGGCGAGGGCCCGUCUGGGAGGGAGCAGGCAGUGCAGGGGGACACGAGGGGCGCCUGGAGCCGCCCAGAGAGAACCGCACGUGCGCAGGAGCCAGCCCUCCCGGCUCGUGAGGGGUGUUUCUGGUCCACGCCCGUGUCCUAGACCCCCUGCCAGCCAGGGCGGCUGGGUGUCCUCCGGGGGGAAGACUGUACCCAGUUCCAGAGGCCAGGUUCCCCGAGAAGAGGCGGGGCAGAGGAGCCUCCGUGGACUGUCCGAAUGAAGGCUCCCCCUGCCUCUGCCCGGUGCCGGCUCACCGGCGGCCUCAGGCUGCAGCCCAAGAGGACGCGCCCCCUCCAGCCUGCCCUCCAGUUGCCCACCCCACGUCUGGUCCGAAGUUGGGCAAAAAGGUUCACACUCCCCACUCUGCGGCUUUCAGCUGCGGGGCUUAGGGCAGGGCCCCUCCGCUCUGCCCGUUUCAUCCGUGAGAGGGGAAGGGUCCUCCUCCUAUGGUUAUUGUGGCGGCUCCAUGGGGCGAUGCUGAGGAGAAGGGUUACCCAAGAGGCAGGGGCGAUUGCGUCUCUGUGUUCUCAGCUGGGAGAGGCAGCUGCCAGCCGGCAGGUCACUGUGGAGCAGCAGCCGGGCCUUUCCCUCGGGUCAGAGACAAGGAGUGGGGCAGACGGGAAGGGUUGUGGAAGAGUGGGCGGCCCUGCCUUUAGUCUUAGUGUCAGAUGCACGGCCAGAGUGGCAGAGCCUGUGGUUUUGGGUGGAUAAGGCCACAACAGCCCAGAGGUGGGCAGGGAGUUCCCUGGAGUAACUAGAACAGAGGUCGCAAGGCCGCCUGCUUGCUUCUCCGGGGCCUCGGUUUCCCGUGGAUGACGACGGCCGCAGGGUGUUUGGAGCUGCACUGGUGCCGGGCGGUGCCGAGCCCUUGGGUGCAUCAGCGCGCUGACACCAGCCAUCGAGUUGGGGGUGCUACUGCACGUCGCUAACGAGACCACAGGCGCAGGGCGGGGCCUCGGCCUUCCUCGUGCCUGCCCCACCCCCACCCGGGGCGCUCCCCGUGGCAGAGGGAGGCUGCGGGAGGCUGACCUCGGAACCGUGGCCCUCCAAAAGGGCAGCGGCCUUUUCCUGGGCUCUCUGAAUGUCUGCAGAAAGAGGAGGGGGUGGGUGUGCGCUCCUUAAACCUCAUCCCUCUUUGCAGUGUGGGCCAGCUUUCCAGAGCCACUCGUUGUUUCCGUGGCACCCCAGGGUCCCAGGCACCCCUGUCCCCAGGUCAGUAAAAGUCAACAGUGCCAAGGUCAGGGGAGAAAGGUCAGACUCGGGUAGCCUCUGCCCAGCCUGGUAGCCCGCCUGCUCCAGCCACUGGGUGCCCGCAUAGCCCUGGGUCUCUGCAGCGCCCAAGAGGUGGGCGCUGGGCGUCAGGAUGAGCUGGGGCGGAGUCCUAUGUCCAGAGCAUAGGGUGGCCUUUUUGUCAUCCGCUGGAGAAAAACUGUGCUGGCAAUAGGUGCCCCUUACCGAGUUCCUACACAGCCCGCGAGGCCCUGCCAACCUCUGCCCGGAAACUUCAUUCAUCUCAAUAAACCGUGUGGGCCUUUCUCCUGUC